AAUUAUCUUGGUGGUAGUCCAUUGCAUCAAUAUCAAGCCUUUGCUGCUUCUAUAUAAACCUUUCCUUAUAACUCGUUGUUUGACAAAGAAAAACAACCACCAGUGUUCUUCAGCUGAAUUUUGCAGUAAAAUCAGCUUUUUCCUUUGACAAAUUUUCACCAUUCUAUUCAAAAAUGGCGAUCCGUCUGCCUCGUGUAAAUCAAGCUAAGCAACUCCUGAAGCGGUCUAUUUCCUUUGGAUCAAACAACGCAGUAGACGUUCCAAGGGGACAUUGUGCUGUUUAUGUUGGAGAAAGUGAUGAGAGAAAACGAUAUGUGAUUCCUAUUGCUUACCUUAAUGAACCCUCCUUCCAAGAAUUGUUAAGCCAAGCUGAGGAAGAAUUUGGGUACGAUCAUCCAAUGGGAGGCUUGACAAUCCCUUGCAGAGAGGAAAAGUUCAUUGAUCUAACUUCUCGUUUGUGUAGGAAGGCAUGUUAGUUAGUUUGCGGAGAUGUAUAGUAAAGCAAAGCAAAAUUUUGUAACUUAGGCUACGAGGAAAGAAACAAGCG